GCCACGGCCAAAAAAGGCUACCAAGAUAAAGGGAACUAUUGGACGUACGACCAACGAAUGAAAGGGAGAGGAUGGCCAGGGUAGAAUUUCUUUGGAGAAAAUUGGAUGAAGCUAGCUUUUUCUUUUAUUUCUCAAUCCUGGCUGUUUUCAAUUUUGAAGUGUCAAGAACUGGGGACUUACGGAACGGAUGUCUUCCUCCUUAGUUGAGAUGUGAAGUCGGGGAAAGAUGUGGCCCUGGGCAAUGGGAAAGGAAAAGUCUUCCUGGGAAAGUGUCCCAGUAAUGUGACAAAUUUCCGUCUCCACUGUAGGUCUGGUGAGCACUGUCUAAAGUUUGUUCACUAAUCAUUGCUGGUCGAUUUCUCAUUGCACAUGCAUCAUUGAAAAGGAAAUGGUUUGCUUUGUGUAGAGGAGCUGGUUUGGUACUUACUAACCUUAUUGCACAAUGAUUGUAUUCAGACAUACAUACAAUUCCUCUAGGCGACGUGAUGCACAGGUGCAGUAUUCCGUAUCAGCUGUUUGCUGAUGACAAUCAGCUGUUGAAGUCGGCUCGCCGUGGUGACGAGUCCCAAUGUACAGCGUUGGUUACAAGCAUGGAGGAUGGUAUUAGGAAUAUUAAAACGUGGCUUUCAAAAAACAUGCUUGCCCUUAAUGCGCCAAAGACCGACAUGGCUAACUUUGUCAGCGCCAGGGGAUCGGGCUCUAUACCGGGGAUCAACAUUGACGGUGUCUGGAUUCAGUGUUCCAAGUGUGUUAAGGAUUUGGGGGCAUGGUUGGAAGGGGACAUGAGCAUGCGCAUGCAGGUAAAAAUGACUUGCAAAGCCGCCGUCGCCAGUCUUUAUAAGAUCGGCCGCAUUAGGAAAUUCUUGGACAAACGUAGUGCUGAAAGGCUGGUCCAAGCCUUCAUUACAUCAAGGCUUGAUUCCAACAAUGGAAUUCUAUACGGUCUGCCUGAUACGACUCUUGCACCGUUGCAACGGGUGCAAAAUAUGGCAGCAAGGCUGAUAUGUCGCGCAAAGAAAUUUGACCAUGUAACGCCCUUACUCAAGGAGCUACACUGGCUUCCCAUCAAAGCCAGGAUUGAAUUCAAAGUUCUGUGUGUGAUCCACAAGUCACUAAAUGGUGUCGGACCGGAGUACCUCAAUGACCUCCUCCUGGAAACAGAAGGUCGCACUAGGUCAGCCACUUUCAAGACCCUUCAGGUCAAGCGGACCAGAUCGAGGUAAGGUGACCGCAGCUUUUCAAGGUGCGGCCCGUACCUCUGGAAUAAACUUUCACUUGAACUGAGGUCCCAGCCAGAGACAAUGUUCAAAAAACAAUUAAAAACUUUGCUUUUUAAUCAAUUCUUCGGGGAGGUGGCGCUUUGAGCGUGGUGCUACCACGGAAAGGCGCCCUAUAAGUGUAGAAUUCAUUCAUUCACAUACUAACUAGGUCUUGAACCUAUCAGUUUAUUCCUUUUUUUAAAGCUUUUGGUUUGUCUUUUUAAGUUUUAUUGCUGCCAUAUUCUAAAAUCUUACAAAUUAUUGUUGUCCUUAACUUUCAGAUGUAUUGUAUAAUAAUGUAAUAAUGUGACGCAUUUAUAUAGCGCUCCUCAGUAACGUAACUGUUAAAGCGCUGUGGGAUAUCAAAUUAUUACCCCGGUCUCCACAGAAAUCAAUCAGGGGUUUCAAGGAGCAACCAGAAGGCACUCACUUGAACAUGACCAGUCGGGGAACCAAGGAGUGACUGCAGUUGGAACCAGCACUUUGGGUGAAACUGAAGACCUUGAAAAGAAGGUUUGAGAGGCCCUUGAUAAUUAUUGCUUAUCGCGCUUCCACUGGUAGGGCUCGUUUCCCUUUAAUACAGCGAUCACCACAAAGGGAUGGUCACUGUUCAUGGCCUACCCGAUGGACUGCAAAAACCACGCUCUAUGGGGAGCAUGGUGAAGGCAAAGAUGGCAGAACUCCUGGCAGUGAUUACGAAUUUAAAGUUUGUGUUAAACAUUUUACAUGACUAAAGAGACAGAGAGACAAUAAACAAGAGCUGAGAUCAACUUGAUGAGCUGUCGUUGUCGUUGGUCUUUCGUUAUGACCUCUAGGUACCGGUGAUGGAUGAUGAAGACACCCUCAGCAUAGAUGAAGAAGAAUCUCUACCAUUGACAAACACCAGUGAAGUUCAACCCAGUGGCAGUGCUACAGCCAUGCUCAAUUACCUUGCGGGAGGUGGGCUUGGAGUUGCUCCAGUUUUACCCUUGCCUAUGCCACGACAAGCAGUAUUUUCAAAGAAAUCUUCCAUUCGAGAUAACAAGGGCAGUGCGUUCAAGAAGUCGGUGAACCCAAGAGUCAGCAGGGAGGAGGAAUUGGGAGUUCGGAUGAAGAACACAAAAUCCAGGGUUGGCAUGAGAAAGAAGAGGUCAGCGAAACUGGAUGCAGACGAGCAAUUAAGCGAAGAUGUAGCCAAACUUGCAGCUUCGAACCAAGGUAUAGUCGAGAAGAUCUACAAGCACCGAAAAAAUAAGGGUGUUCUCGAAUAUCGAGUGAAGUGGGUUGGCUAUGACGGUCCACAAGAUGAUACAUGGGAACCACUCCGCCACAUCACGAGUGAACACUCACAAGCCAUGCUGAGAGAUUAUCGGACUUCUUCAAGUGCCAAAUAAGCCAGUAUACAUGCAGACAUGACGAGUUGUUUAAUUAUGCGACAAUGUUACUGCACAAAAUCGCAUUUCAAAAUCAUUUGUGACAUGUACAUGUAAUAUUGUUUUCUGUAAA